AUAAAAUGUAGUUUUGGUGACCCAUUUCUAUAAAACAACUUAUACUUGGUCAAAAAAAUAUAUAACAAGUUAUACAAAUGUCGAGUUGUGGGCUCCAUUCUCUUCCCUGAAAGAAGAUUACCGUUUUGCCGGUUGACUUUUGAGCUUCUAUAUCAUGCUACUCGUUGCUGUACAACAACCAUUUCAGAUUCUACUUCUUCAUGAAUAACUAUGUCUGCUACUGGCCAUCGCAAGGACUCUGAACCCUCCACCUCCUCCUCCUUACAAGGGUCCGAACCGUGUCGACACUUUGAAUUUUCUGAGAUUCAACAAGCAACCAAUGACUUUGAUGAAUCAUUAGUAAUCGGGCAUGGAGGAUUCGGAAAAGUUUACAGAGGUAACAUUAUCAAUGGAUCAAGUCUUGUCAUUGCUGCCGUUAAACGACUGGAUUCCAUGUCCAGUCAAGGAGCAGCUGAGUUUUGGGCCGAAGUCGAGAUGCUAUCUAAGUUGCAGCACUGUAAUCUUGUGUCUUUGAUUGGCUAUUGUAAUUACGGAAAGGAGAUGAUCCUUGUCUAUGAAUAUAUGCCGAAUGGAACACUUGAAGAUCAUCUUCAUAACCUUGGUACUCCUCUUUCUUGGCUUGAGCGGCUCAACAUCUGCAUAGGUGCAAGUCGCGGAUUACACUACCUUCACACUGGUACAGGGAUUCAAGUUGGGGUUAUACAUCGCGAUGUCAAGAGUUCAAAUAUUUUGUUGCACGAGAAUUGGGCAGCUAAAAUUUCGGACUUUGGGUUGUCCAAAAUAAGCCAAACGAAUCGGCCAUCCACUUAUGUCAAAACUGUUGUUAAAGGCACUUUUGGGUAUCUAGAUCCCAAUUAUUACGCAACUGGAAAGCUGACAAGGAAGUCUGACGUGUAUGCUUUUGGGGUGGUAUUGUUGGAAGUGUUGUGUCGGAAGCGCGCGGUGGAUACAACUCUUGAUGAGGAGCAAUGGUUGAAUUUAGCAAGAUGGGCUCAAGAAUCUAUCAAAGAAGGCAAUUUAAAGCACAUAAUUGAUUCCGAUAUAAGGGAUCAAAUAUCCCCAAAAUGUUUGAAGGAGUUUGUUCGAAUUGCAGAGAAAUGUUUGCACAACAAUCCAAAGCAGCGCUCAACCAUGGCAGAGGUUGUGGUCAGUCUUGAGUCUGUACUAACCUCACAAGAGAAAUUCAAUAAUUCAAUGCAAACCCCACGCAAAACAAUAUUUGGUAGAAUGGUUAAUAUGCUUCCCUUCCCCUUCAAAGGAGAAAAUUAUGGUAUUUCAAGCUCCUCUUUAAAAUUGUGUUUAUCCAUUUCUACAUAUAUUAGCAUAACGGCAACGAACAUAUAGAAAUGUCAUCUUCCGAACUCAAAAAAUGAAAGUGCACAGACCUUAAUUCGUGUAUGCAUGUUAUAGCUUGUAGUUUAACACCUGAAUCUCAUAUCUAGCCCCAGA